AUCUUGGUAUAACAUAAGAUAUGUAAAAGGCACUUCUUAAUCAUUUCUCAUUUUGUAUGUGAAGAAGAAGUAUACCAAUAUGAGUAGUACGAUAAAAGAUGUGAAGGGCUUAGUGGCUCUUGUUACUGGAGGGGCGUCUGGGCUUGGAAAAGGGAUAGUUGAACGUUUGGUUCGAAAUGGAGCCAGUGUAGUAAUAUGUGACUUAGAAUCUUCAAAUGGACAAAAUAUUGCUGAUGAACUUGGAGGAAAAUGUAUUUUUGUCCCCACUGAUGUCACUGAGGAAAAGGAUAUCCAAGAAGCCUUAAAAAUAACAAAAGCAAAAUUCCACAAAUUAGAUGCUGUAAUAAAUUGUGCUGGAAUACUUAAAUACGAAUCGGUGUAUAAUUUCAAAGAAGAUGUUCCACAUUCCUUAGAAGAUUUUAUGAAAAUAAUAAGAGUUAAUCUCGCUGGAACUUUCAACGUUACACGACUUGCUGUUGGGUUAAUGGCAAAAAAUAAGCCAGAUGAAGAUGGACAGAAAGGUGUAAUUAUUAAUAUUUCAAGCUUAGCUGCUUUUGAUGGUGCACAAGGUACAACAUGUUAUGCUGCUAGCAAAGCGGGAUUGGUUGGGAUGACUCUUCCUUUAUCCAGAGAUUUGGCGUGUGAAGGAAUUCGCUGCUGCACCAUAGCUCCUGGUGUGUUUGAUACUCCACUUUGUAAGUACGUUCCCGAAGAAGAUCUAAAGGAAAUAUUAAAAACGGUACCUUUUCCUCAUCGGAUAGGGAAGCCAGAUGAAGUAGCACAUUUAGUUAAAGCAAUAAUUGAAAAUCCCAUGUUAAAUGGAUGUACAAUUCGAAUUGAUGCAGCAGUACGCCUAGGAUUCUCAAGAAAGGACUGAAUUCAAUUGCCUGGUUUGUUGAAGUAAUAUUGCCGAACAUGACUUCCAGUUUCAUAUCGCAGUUACUUGUUUCUGAGCAAAACUCGAAAUUAAAAGACUAACUGAUUUGAAUCGGUACUUUGUACUUGCCAUUUUGAAGAAAUGUUGUAAUAAAGUUAGUCAUCUAAUAGUGUACUAAAGUAAUUUAAUUGAGCGGAAUUCCUCGGUUUCAUAUUGCAGUUAGUUAUUUCUGAUUAAAAUUUUUGUACUUUCUCCGGCUGAAAAUGUUUAAAAGCAUCUUGCAUUGGUUUAACAUAUGAAACGCUCAUGGAGUAACAUUAUCAUGGCUUAAGUAACAUAAUAUAAAUAAUGUGAGUUAUUGAAUUAUAUUAAUUAUGUUAUUUAUUAGAGUUAUAAACUAAUUUCUUCACUGUUUCUGUACGGUAUGAAAUGUUAUUGUUAAGUAUUAGAUCUAAUUAUUUAAUUCCAGUUUAUCUGAAGGUCAUUUUUAAUUGCUAUUUUCCUUUGAUUCUAAGAUGUUCCUUUUUCCCAGAAUAAAUGUCUCUAUGUGCAUUUA